AUGAAUUAUUUGAAUGUAUUGGGUUUGGUGGUCAUUAUUUUGAUUUUUAUGACAUGUGUGAGAAGCAGUAAUGUGGGAUCCGCUAUAUUCUAUAGAAGACGCGGCAGGUCUGAAUGCUGGGACCUCGAUGACUUCGCCAAGCUGAGGGCAAGGCAGUUGUUCGAAAAUAUCAUGCCUAUAGUGCCUACAACUGACAAAGUUGAUAAAAAAUACGUUAAAGAAACCGUAAGGUAUUUUCGGCAAGCACUGCAUGAGGUCGACAAAGAUCUUGAUCGACACACUGGCGAUAUCCUUAGAGAGGCUUUAGCUGACGCCAUCGGAGGGCAUUUUAGAAGCAGGCUCCUUCCCACCAUCAGAUUCGCCUACUACGCAGGUUUUAUUCCCUGCAGGACCGCGAGAUAUGCUCAUGAUUUCUUUCAAGAUUUGAAGACUGAGCUUAAUACGCUAGGUGUGGGGUGGGCCGAGCCCGAAGUACCGGCGCAUACGAAUUUAUCAGUCGUCAAAAUCUAUAUAGGCACAGGAAAGUUCCUCGACCCGUGCUCUAGUUUGAUUUCAAAACGCGACGCAAACUCUUGCAUACACGUUCCGCCGCCCAAGGUUGACGACAGCGACAAGCCGGCCGCGAUCGCUCUGCCUUUCAAAAAAGGUGGCUUCACCAGCUUAUCAUCGCCGUCUGCUGCUAAUAUAUUGUUAAAAUACUACACUACUACCUCGCGAUGCAUCUUAGCUAGUUCACCGAAGGAAUGUCGUCACGCGGAUUUCGUAAAUUUUAACAAUGAAAUGUGGCAUUGGAUGAAACGGGACGUGGCACCCCAUUUGGUGGACGAGAAGCUUUACUGUGCAUACGGUGGGGUCUUCAGGAUCGCUGCCGCCGUGCAGAACUACGGGAAGGGACUUUCUAGACGCAACUUGUUUGAGAGUGAAGACGAUAGAACCAAGUGGAGGCUGUGGCGCAGGCUCACGGAACCUUACCUCAACUUAGACGUGGACUGGUCACCGAGCUUGUACGUUCUUUCAGUAUUCAUCGUUGCCAUUGCGAUUUGUUGCUUACAGACAAUGUAUUUCUUUGUAUUUUCGAAAGGCGGUUGUAAAUGUAAGAAGAGGUUAAGUUCUCAAUGGGAACCGAAAGACUUGACGUAUGCUCGCGUAGAGACGAAUAUCCCGGCAAUGAUUUCUGAACACCAAAGCGCCAUUUACAAUUCUGACAAGAAACGUGUAAUGAAAGAUAGUACGAAAACUAGAAGUACGUCUUUGGGGUCGAUGAAGACGCAGAGGGUGUACGACUUGAACGACAAUACGGAGAAGAUGAUGGCGGUGAUAAUGAGCGGGAACGAGGAGAGCGACGACGGGAGUCAAUCUUCUGCGGUCAGCACGGAGUCGAAGCACGAGAGCGACGGUUCGCCGACUUCAGUGGUGACCAAGCGGUCGACGCAGUCCACAGCGCGGUCAAAGAGCCCGCCGAAGUUGGAGACGCCGAUCGCGCAGUUGAAAUUGUACAGUCCACAGCGGACCGACAAGAGACCGUGCCGGCCGAUGUACACGACCAGUACGGCGGAGCAGCAGGACAGCGAUUCUACUUGUUCGGACACGUCUCUAGCGGACAACUCGAUCAGUUCGGCCAGUAGCACCCGCAACCUGGCGUGGCGCCACUUCGACUUUGCCAAACAUACUGGACACACUCUAACGCAAACAAGAUCUACCACUGGGACAGAUUUCGACAUGAACUCUUUCACUACACCCCCUUCAAAAAGGUAG